GUAUAGUGAAUAUGGACAAGAAUACACCACACGAAAAUCGAGAAUUUUGUUCAUUCUGUCGGUAUGUCACUUUUAUGCAACACACAUCAUAGUCAGCGAAUUGCACAACAGAAAACAUUUUUCUCGCUGUUGUUGUGUGAAAAGUGAAUAAUUCGAAAAAUUAGAAAUGUUUAGAAUGCACAAACUUGUCGCUCUGAACCAGUUCCGGAAUAUAUCAUUACUGUCCCGCAUGUGGUCGGGAGCAAAUGGAAAGCCAAAAUAUACCGAAAAGGAGCUGGAAGAAGCGUUAAAAUCAAAAUUUGUACAGGCGAAAAACAUUCAAGUGUCAGACGUUUCGGGUGGCUGUGGAGCAAUGUACGAAAUUGUUGUUGAAUCGUCCGAAUUCGAAGGAAUAUCCCGAGUGAAACAGCAUCAAAUGAUCACUGACACAUUAAAAGAAGAAAUAAAGGACAUGCACGGAUUACGGAUACACACCGCUGUACCAAAAUAGUUUUAAAAUUUAAAUAAACCGAAUUUGCUUGUUAAUAGAAA